AUGUUUAGAAUUUCUAAAUUGGGAGAGAAAAAUGCUUUGUUUGAAUGGUUAAUGAAUACAGAUUUGCGGAUUCCAAUCCCUCGAAUGUUGAUACGAAGGUCAAUUACAAGCUUUGUUAUGGACUAUACAAAAAUGCUUGUAACAUUUCUAGAUGAAAAUCCGACAGGAAUAAAAUAA